CUCCAAGAGCUGCAAUCUCCUUCGCCUGUCAGUGCUGGACCAGGACACGGAGACAGCAUGAACAAGUUCAUCGCUGGAGAUGCUGUCGCUUACAAGGACCCUUCAAACAGUGAGAGAGAGAAAGCCCAGGCGCCCAAUGCCAAGGUCGAAGAGGAGAUCGACAUUGACCUGACUGCCCCCGAGACGGAGAAAGCAGCCCUGGCCAUCCAAGGCCAGUUCCGUCGCUUCCAGAGGAAGAAGAAGCCCAACGGGGCCUCGUAAAGGCCUGGGCUCCAUCGCCGUGGGCAACAGAGCGUAAGGGAGAAGGGACAACCCCAAUACCUUUAGGAACGUGUACAACCCCUUCCCCUCUUGCAUGCAACUUAGGUUUAGGGAGGAAAUCAUGUCAGUGAGUUCUAGUUAUAGCGAGGUCGCUGCCCUUUGACCUGGAGUUGGCUGUGUGGCGGCCAUUUUGUUGACCUGGGAAUGAUGGGGGUUGCUGUUUUGGCGGAAUAACUUGCCAAUUGCCUUUUGCCCCAGCGCUUUCAGCCUCCGCCGACCCAGGAGGCUCCGUCGGGCUAACUGACCGGGAGGCCCCGGAAGUACGGGAGGGAGAGACGUAGCUUCUCCACCCCGUGUUGUCCCUGCCCUGGGAGAUGGGAGUCAGGCUCUCUCUGGCACUUGGCUGUGCCUCUCCAGUCCCGCUUGGGUUCCCUCCCCGCACCGUCCCAGAGCAGGACGCCUGGCCGUGUCGAUCCCGUUCCCUCCACCUCGCGGGCCCCAGCCCAGCCCGGGUCACCACAGUCAGGGCCGAAGGGGACCGGCCUCUGUGACCACGAGACGGAGUAUACCACCCACACCCCGACCAGCGAGCAAUUAUCCGCGCGUCUCAGAGAGAGCAGCUUGGGAAU